AUGGCCGGAUUGGCCUUCAGCGCCUUGCCUCUCGCCGCAGGCCCGUCUCCGCUUCGGUUGCGCAAUCCGGCUCCCGUCUGCGGCCUAGCGAGCCCUCCACUGCUCAAGGUUGCCAAGCCGCAAUCCUUUGUCCUUCGCCGAUUCGCUCCGGCCAGCCGGCGAAUAUUUACGGCUGCGUCGUCCAGUGGGCGUCAGGGGCUUCGGACCAGCCAAUACCAGUUUGAUGACGACGAGCCGCUCUGGCUGGCGGUGGUCAGAGAAUUCGCUGCGGGUUUGAGGAGCUUUGUGGCCUUCUUGGCUGAUCAGCCGAGACAGUUGAAGCACCUGGAGUGGCCAGGCUUUCAGAAUACGUUGAGGACGGCUACACUCACUCUCAUACUUGUUGCGGUGUUCAUUGUCGCGUUGUCUUCUGUGGAUGCCGCCCUUUCAUAUAUUUUGUCAUGGCUACUUCGGAAAUCUGCAUAGUUUAAUGACGUGGUAAGUUAUGAAGGAGUAGAUGAUGCUAUACAGAACAGAACUAGGGAGAAGGUGGUGGUUGUCCCAGUGCAUCAUGUUAUCCUGACAAGGUUGAGAGAAUCAAAAGGAAUGCUCUGCAACUGAAAAUCAUUUGUUGCAAUUGUAUAAUGUAUUUAUGUAGUUGUUUACUAUGGGAGCUGAAUGCUAACUAUUUGGUUAAGAGAGGAAAGAAGAUGCAUUUGCUCUAACUGUUGAAUUUAAUUAAAAGUCUAGUGGCCGUGAGCUCUGGUUAAAUGUGCUCAGUCAGUGACACUCUAAACUUGUUACUUUGGGCAGGAUUUUUCCACUUGUAAACAUGUCGGUGUAUCUGUGAGGAUCUGGAGAAAUUUGCAUUUUUCAGACGCUAUAAUGGAAUUAAGAUAUGUGUACUGAAGUGAUUAAA